ACAGAACUUUCUGGUGGUGUAGCUUCAUUGUACAAGCAGUAUUCAAAGAAUGCUUCUUUUUUUCUUUUUUUUUUUUUUUUUUUUGUAAUUGGGUGUACAAAAUGUAUGUGCAUAUGUACUGUAAAAUACUUGGUUUGCUUUGAAAUCAACAACUAAAAUGUGAUGAAAGGUUUGUCUGUUUCUGUUUUGGAGUACAAUGAAACUCUCUCAUUUUGAUAAAAUAGCCAUUAAUGCUUAUAAAUCCUUGUGGUACUUAUUUUCUUAAAACUUUCCAACAGUAAUAAUUUUAAUAUUAAUUUGAUGCAUGAAUGGGUACUCAAAGUUCAGUCAAACUUCCCGACGCUGUAAAAUGCGCUUUUAAUUUAGGGUUAUAUUUUGUGCUACCGCUACUUAAUACGCUGGAACGUGCAGAAACAGUGGAAGCCACUGCUAACAACCAAUGGCGGGCAAUGGCAACUGAGGUACAAACGCGAGCGCGCCCCCACCCGCUGCGAGCGUGCGCAUGCGCUCUUGCGGUGCCUGCCGUCUUUCCCGCUUUUUUCUGGCUAUCGGGGUAGCGGGAGGACCGCGCUCAGUAGCAGGCAGGCAAGGCCAGGGAGGGCUGCGGGGCGAGGCAGGGCAGGCUCGUUACCGCCUGCUGUGGGGAGUGAGUGAGUCGGAGGUAGGCAAGGUAGGCACUGAGAGCGUGGAGGGGGCCGUCAGCAGGCGGAGCGACGAGGCUGAAGGGUGGCUGGGUGGGGCAGGGCACCUCGUCAGCUGUGAGGCUGUCAAUGGGAAGCAGUCCCGCACGUGUGGGACUCACAGAUACUGCUUUAUUUCAGAUCUUUGCAGGCUGAGAGAAAUAAGGAGGGGUGAAGUACAGAAUAUGCUGGAAAGAUUUGGAGCUGACAUUAACAAAGCUCUCUUAGCCAAGAGGAAAAGAUUAGAAAUGUAUACAAAAGCCUCACUCAAAACCAGUAACCAGAAGAUUGAACAUGUUUGGAAGACACAGCAGGAGCAGAGGCACAAGCUCAAUCAUGAGUUCUCCCAGCAGUUCCUGACUGUGUUUCAGCAGUGGGAUGUAGAUGUGCAGAAAGCAGAGGAACAGGAAGAAAAACUAGCGAAUAUGCUUCGUCAGCAACAAAAAGUUUUUCAACAGGCAAGAAUAGUUCAAAGUCAGAGACUGAAAACUAUUAAGCAACUAUAUGAGCAAUUCUUAAAGAGCAUGGAAGAGCUAGAGAAAAACAAUGAAACUCUUCUAGCUGGUGCACAGAAUGAACUUCGCAAAGAAAUGGCUAUGCUACAGAAGAAGAUCAUGAUGGACACUCAACAGCAGGAGAUGGCAACCGUUCGCAAGUCUCUUCAGUCCAUGUUAUUCUGACGGCUCAAUGGAGAAACAACUUGUACCUAAGUAACACGAUACAAGUAUAGGCGUUAGCCAUGAAGAACUUUAUCUUAAGAUUUAAGUGUUUUAAAGCUCCUAUUAAAUACUUUAGUGGAUUGUUCUAAUCUUGUGUCUGAUAAUGUUGUAAGAGGGUAUAUUAGUAAAUCUGUUUCUAAGGGGAACAAACCCCUAACCAA